GGGGCGUGGCUAAAAUGAAAUGAGGGAAUGUUUUCAUCGGCUUGCUAGUUACAGCCUGCAGAGGCAGCAGUUUUUAGGUGUGUUUGCUUUGCACAUUAAAAUGUCUCUCAAGACAGCGGGUACAGUCUUGACCCGAACAUUAUGGACUAAAGGAAACAGGACACCUCCUCUUGCCAGAUCCCCUAAAGUAAACAGACUUUCUACCACAUGCAGGGUGUCUGGAGGAGGAAAGCAUGGCUGCGGAAAAACAAAAGAACAAAGUUGCCGCUCGGAUUCCACCAGGCCGAGCACUGGCGACGUGCCCUCCUCCAGCGAACCUCCUUACAGAUCCACGACUGGGGGAGAGAAGCGACCCGAGGAGCCCGCGGGUGCUCCCGGUGUUACUGGUGUAAGGAGACGGUUAUACAGCUCCUCCGCUGCUCCAGUGGACCAGAAGUCUCAACUGUGGGCUCGUUACAAUGACACAAAACGGAUGGUUUACGACCUGAUCCCACCAGGAGCUUGUAACCUCCUCAACUCCUCCACCAUCUACGCUAACAACGAGGUCAGCCUGGCCGAAGUGGACAUCUACGGCUUCGACUAUGACUACACGCUGGCUCUGUACUCAAACGCACUCAACACAAUGAUCUACAAUACGGCAAGAGGCUUCCUCAUUGAGCAUUUCAAGUACCCUGAAGAUAUCCGCAAAUAUGAUUACAUUCCCAACUUUGCUGCUCGAGGCCUUCACUAUGAUAUCCAAAAGGGUCUUCUGAUGAAGAUAGACGCCUUCCACUACAUUCAACCAGGAACAGUAUACAGGGGCCUGAGCGCAGUGCCAGAUGAUGAAGUCCUGCAGCUAUAUGGGGGAACUUACCAUGUACCCCUGCAGCAGGACAGCGGCUUCUAUGGAAAGGGACCAAAGGUGAAGCAGUUCAUGGACAUCUUCUCCAUUCCUGAGAUGACUCUCUUGGCUGUUGUAAAUGAUUUUUUCGUCACCAAUGACAUUGAUUACGAUCCAGUUCACCUCUUUAAGGACGUGUCGGAAGCAAUUGGCAUGGUUCACCUCAAAGGCUACAUGUACAAAUGGGUCAUGCAAGAUCUCGAUAAGUUCAUUCUGAGAGGAGAAGAGACAGAUGCUGUUUUGCACCAAUUAGUCAGUCAUGGAAAGAAGCUCUUCCUCAUUACCAACAGUCCCUUCAGCUUUGUUGAUAAAGGAAUGAAACACAUGGUGGGAAAAAACUGGAGAGACUUCUUCGAUGUUGUUAUUGUACAAGCAGACAAACCUCAUUUCUUCACUGACUGUAUCAAACCUUUCAGACGCUUGGAUGGAAAUGGAGACCUCCGGUGGGAGAAGAUAAAGAGUUUGGACAAAGGACAGAUCUACAAACAGGGAAACCUGUUUGACUUCCUCAGACUGACGGGCUGGCGAGGAUCAAAGGUUCUCUACUUUGGAGACCACCUCUACAGUGAUUUAGCUGACCUGAUGUUGCGACAUGGCUGGCGUACAGCAGCCAUAGUACCUGAGCUGGAGCAUGAAACCAAAGUGGUGAGCACAAACCAGUAUGCUCUCAACCUCACCUGGCUGCAGGCUCUAACCGGCCUGAUGGAACGCUUACAGACACAUCGGGACCCAGAGUCUCAGCAGGUUCUUCAGGAAUGGCAGAAGGAGAGAGAGGAACUCAGGGUGAUGACAAAGAACUUUUUCAACCCUCAGUUCGGCAGCAUCUUCAGAACGUGUCACAACCCCACUUACUUUUCCAGACGUCUGUGUCGCUUCUCAGAUGUCUACAUGGCCUCCCUCAGCUGUCUUUUGAACUAUGACCUUUCCUACACUUUCUACCCACGCCGCACCCCUCUGCAGCACGAGGCUCCUCUGUGGAUGGAUCAGCUCUGCACAGGCUGCAUGAAGAUACCUUUCCUGGAGGAAAUGUCUCACAUACGAUGAGAGCUGGGCUCUCCUCAGUGACUGAUUUCAGGAAUGAAAUCCUGAAACGAAUGAAAUUUUAGGCUUGGAGAAUACUUGACGUAGCCUGAGGAUCUCUUUCAUAUAGUAGGGAUUCUUUUUAGCUGAGGAAGGUACCGCACAGCCUCCUCUACAAAGCAAUGCUGUUCCACAUGCUGUAGUGACCCACUUACCCACUGAAUUCACUAGAGGGUGCUGUAGAUUUAGCUGUUGUCUAGGAAGUAUUGCAAUUCAGUUAAACGUGUUAUGGUACAAGUUUAACAGACAUUCAGUGUUUUACCUGAGUUUUAUGGAUAUUAGCAAUAUUGAGCUGCCGUCGCACAAUUACAACAAAUAAAGAAGUAAAAUCGGG